UGUAUCUGGGAAGGAGAGAAAAUGGCGGCGGAGCCGAGCAAGACCGAGAUUCAGACUCUUUUCAAGAGGCUCCGCGCGGUACCAACCAACAAGGCGUGCUUCGACUGCGGCGCCAAGAACCCGAGCUGGGCCAGCAUCACCUACGGCGUCUUCCUGUGCAUCGACUGCUCCGGGGUGCACCGCUCGCUGGGCGUCCACCUGAGCUUCAUCAGGUCCACAGAGUUGGAUUCCAACUGGAACUGGUUCCAGCUGAGGUGUAUGCAGGUCGGGGGCAAUGCCAAUGCGACGGCUUUCUUCCGCCAGCACGGCUGUACCACUAACGAUGCCAACAGCAAAUACAACAGCCGUGCAGCCCAGACAUAUCGGGAGAAGAUUCGGCAACUGGGGAGUGCUGCCCUUGCCAAGUAUGGCACGGAUCUUUGGAUAGAGAGUAUGAACAGUGCUUCUGGCCAUUCCCCAGAAAAGAAAGACUCUGAUUUCUUCACAGAACAUACCCAACCUUCAACCUGGGAUGUGCCAGCCUCUGAACCUCAAGUCCCUGAACAACCACUAUCCCAGCCUGUGGAGAGCAGUGUCCCCACACAACCGAAGCAGGGCCCCACAGCAGACCUGCUCAGCACUUCUCCCAAAACCUCCCUGGAAUUGAAAUCCUCAAUUAUUGGCAAGAAGAAGCCAGCAACAGCUAAGAAAGGGUUGGGUGCCAAGAAGGGGCUAGGCGCUCAGAAGGUGAGUAGCCAGAGCUUCAGCGAGAUUGAACGACAAGCCCAGGUGGCCGAGAAGCUUCGGGAGCAGCAGGCAGCCGAGGCUAAGAAGCAGGCUGAGGAGUCUGUGGUCAGUUCCAUGCGCCUGGCCUACCAGGAGUUGCAGAUUGACCGCAAGAAAGAAGAGAAGAAGCUACAGAGUAUGGAGGGGCAGAAGCGGGAGCAGGCAGAGCGCCUGGGCAUGGGCCUGGUGUCCCGAAGCUCUGUGUCCCACUCGGUGCUAUCGGAGAUGCAAGUGAUCGAGCAGGAAACGCCGGUGAAUGCCAAGUCCUCCCGGUCCCAGUUGGAUCUCUUUGAUGACACCGGGAGCUUUGCUUCUGGGCCCCCUAAGUAUAAGGAUAACCCCUUUUCUCUGGGAGAUGGCUUUGCUUCCCGUUGGGACUCAGAUGCCUCCUGGAGUAUGGACAGGAUGGAGGAGAAAGAGCCCGAGGUGACAAUCUCUAGUAUCCGGCCUAUUGCAGAAAGACCCACAAACCGGAGGGAGGUCGAGAGCCGGCCAUCGGCUGUGGAAUCCAACGAAGCCCGUCAGAAGUUUGCGGGAGCCAAAGCCAUCUCAUCAGACAUGUUCUUUGGGAGGGAAAUGGAUGCCGAGUAUGAAGCCCGUGCUCGGCUGCAGCAGCUUUCAGGUAGCAAUGCCAUCAGUUCUGCAGACCUCUUUGGGGAGACAGAUGGAGCCCCCGGAACAGCAGGGGUGUCUCUGGGGAAUGUGCUCCCUGCGGCAGACAUUGCCCAGUUCAAACAAGGAGUGAAGUCUGUGGCUGGGAAGAUGGCUGUCCUGGCCAACGGGGUGAUGAACUCUCUACAGGAUCGUUACGGCUCUUACUGACCCAGGGCCUGUGGUGGUGGCAGCAGCCGUGGCAGCAAGAGAAACCUGUGUUCCCUUGAGCAGGGAUGCUAGCCCCAUGGUAGUUGUGGGGGAGAUAUGUGAGUGUGUGUGUAUGUGUGUGUGUGGGUGCGUGUGUACAUGCGUGUUGGUGUGUGCACGCCAGCACCAGUGGGGUGGCCUUGGGAAUGCUGGGUGAAGGGAAUGGUCAAACACCAGCCCCCUUCUCCCUCCCUGCCCCUUCACCCCCAGCCCUUUCAAACCCUCACCUCCUGGGUGCUAGGUCAGUGUCCCCUCCUUCUUGCCCUCCCUCCCUUCAUCACAGCUGCUGCUCCCCCAUGACUCGCUGUGCUGGAGAGGGAGAGAAUUUUCUCAGUGUCUCCCAGAGCCAGGCUGAUGGCCAUUCUCCUCCCUGCCUCCCCCGCACCAAGAAAGGGAAGGUCAGAGGGUCUCAAGGCCUUUUUCUAAGACUGGGAUGCGUCCCUUUGGUUGGACUUCCUAUCCUCGAGACCAGAGGGACUAUUUGGCUAGAUCCCUUUUCAGUCUGGGCUCCAUGGUGAGGGAGGGAGGCUGGCUUGGACAGAGGCCCAGGCUAGCGCCAGCCUCUAAGAGAUGGGCUGCACCCAGGGGCGUGGGAGGGGAGAGACCUUGCUUUGAACUACAAGGGCUAAAAGUGCUCAGUUUGGAGCCAAAGUGGAGGCCCUUGUGAUUUCUCCUCUGCAUCCCCACCCCUAUUUGCACUAAUCACUUCUGCCUUCACAGUGGAGGGAGGCCAUGUCCCUUCCUCUCCCCUCCUUGGCUGAGGUGCGUCUGGGGCCAGGGGCUGAGGUUCUCUUGCUUCACCUCAGGGCCUGGGGUCUUGGCCAGGUGCUGUACUAUGUGCUUUGGAUGCCAUGAAGCCCCACAGCAUGGCUACUUCUUGGUCCCUUUUCACGGGUCUGAGCUGUGGUCCCAAAGUCUGGGGCACGUACAGCCUGGGUCCCCCUGAGCCCUCUGCCCACUGGCUAGAUGCUGCUGGGAGCAGUGAGAGAGCUGGGGAAGGGGAGCUGGCUCUUGGGUGAGCUGUGCUUUCCCCUUGGGGGCUGGGAGGCUAGGGUUCUCUGCCCAGCUGGCACUUAGCGGCAUGGAACGUGCCACUGCUCUGUGAUCACUGCCACUGCCCACAGAGGGCCGUGGAGCUGCUGAGCACCAUGGGACACACUCCUCUUUCCUUCCCACCUUUCCCCAAAGGGACAUGACUUGCUUUAUGGACUGUUUGUAUUAUUUGGAAAAAAGUGGUGUCAAUAAAGCCCAAGCUGGGCCCAGGGCCCCUCUUUGGUCUGAGCUGAAA